CUCGCCAACUCUCCUAAUCCCUUUUCUCCCUAUCCUUCUAGAAUCGACGACAGCAGAUUGCAAAGAGCUAUAGCCUUUAAUAUAACAGAACUUACAAUACGACCUAUAUGGCUCUUACAUCUACUUUAACGAGGAGCAAUUCGUUGUUUACACUCUUCUCGACGAGUAGAAGUGAACCCAGCGACAGAUGAAUUGCCGUUUUAGCUGAGCUCGACUCCUUAUGCGACUUUGGAGAAUUAGCCCUUUUACUGUAUCUACUACAGGCUACCUUUGUAUGUACUAAGUCUCCUCUCGAUACCCAUUCGACAUCUCGACACAUAUAUUAGGCGUCACACCCGACUACAUACCUAAUACACACCGGAUAGCUGAACUACAAACUCCCUCCCAAGACCCUUACGGCAUUACCACCAUCUCCUAGCCUCCACCAAGCCAACCUUCACGAUGCCUAAGUCACACUCGCUCCACUCGCACCAUGACUACCCCGAAGUCCUCUCAAACCCCUCCCAUCUCACCUCCAACUCGCUACGUUACUACGACACCUUAACACGCGUCUCUAGCGGUGAGCCCUGGUACAGCGAUGACAGGGAGCGGCAUCAGAGUUUAUGUAAGCGGUUCGCGGAUAGCUUCAGGAGGGACCCAAAUCGACGUACCAUUAAUCCAGCUAUUAAUUCCACUAACCAAUAUAACCACGAUGGUGCCUUAGAUGCGCAUAAGGCGGUAUUAGCGACGGCGAACACGGCGCUAGCAAGAAAGUUGAAGGGGAGGCAUCUGCAGAUGAUUGCAAUUGGAGGGAGUAUUGGUGAGUUGGGAUGCUGUGAAGCGUAAGCCUAGGGUCUCACGGGAGUCCAGGGAACCAGGUCAGGAGGCAGGAAGGGUAUCGUAUUCAGUAAGCACAAUAGGUCUACGUAGAUACAGCGACUAUUGACUGGAGGCCUCAGUCCUACGCCUCCAGUCCCUUUUAUGUUGGGGCUCCUGCUUUUACCGAGCCCUACCGUGUCCUGCACGUGGGGGCGUCCUCACGUGACGCCCCUUUACAACAGGCCAGGCAAGCCGCCCACAGGAGCGAGCACCACGAGCAGCACAGCAUAGGAACGUAGCAUGGAAAGGUUGCAGCGGAGAGGGUGGAGUUAGAGGGGAGCAUAAGGUUAAGUGAUAAAGG